GUGCGGGGCUUCCCAGCAGAUGACUCGCUCCUCGCGUGGCGUUGCGCAGUGCUCGGGCCGGCGGAUACGCCGUGGGAGGGGCGAAGCGUCGAGCUGCUCCUCCGCUUCUGCGGGCCGUACCCUUUCGCCCCGCCGCUCCUCUUUGUGCUCUGGCCGCGGCCCUUCCACCCAAACGUUGAUGAUGUGACCGGCGCAGUCUGUAUGGAUUUGCUGCAGGAGCAGUGGUCGUCCGCCGGCGGCGUUUUCGCCGUACUCAUGUCGUUCCUGUCGCUCCUUGCAAGCCCCACCCUCGACGACGCGUCGGCGAUGCCCGCGAACGUUGAGGCCGCUAGCAUGUGGCGGCACGCGAGAGAGGAUUUC